UCACCUUGUGCACUUUCUUGCAUUUUUUCUUUUGCUUUUUUAAGUUUCAGUCAAAAGAGGGCGGUCAGAGAGUGGCACUGCUUGUUUUACUGUACAGGGAGUGCAAGCAGUUUAAGGAGACGGGGCGGGGGUGUAGCGUGCCACCACAACCAAUGCACAGCCAACGCGCGCGUCUUGCAGAGGGUGUCAACUCGAUUUGUUCCUCUUUGAUAUGAUAUGAUUUGAUCGAAUGCAUAAACCGUGAUGAGUGUGUGCAGAUCAAAAAAGAUCGAAAGUAAACAGGAGUUUGCGGUUUUUUACGACUUCAACAAACAGAGCCAUAUGACGACGCGCGUGCAGGACUUGUUUUGUGCCUAAUCCUAUUUCCUUAUCCGGGGUUCGUCACGCCGACACACCAUUGGUCGGGCAUCGUCACAUGGCUCCUUAACUUUGUUCACUUGACAGAAAGUAGGAGGGUUCAACCGAAAGGCAAUAACCGAAGAGUAAAGGCAUAAGAUAUAAAUUUUGGUUAUAUUUUUUCCGAGCGUGUGCCAUUUCACAAAAGACUGGUAUUAAUGGCCAUGAGCUCCUAUUUGAUCAAUUCCAACUAUGUGGAUCCGAAGUUUCCACCGUGCGAGGAGUACUCACAGAGCGACUAUCUGCCCAGCCACUCUCCGGACUAUUACAGCUCCCAGAGGCAGGAGGCUACCGCGUUUCAGCACGAUCCCCUCUACAACCACCACCACCACCAGCAACACCCACAGCGGCCGGGCUGCGGCUCCGAGCCUGCGCCCUUUACACCAUGCCAGGGAUCUGGGCAGCCCGCCUCGGUGGUCAUGUCCCCGCGGGGUCACGUCUUGCCCCCGGCCGGACUUCAGGCACCAACACCCGUCUCGGAACAGAACCGCCACUGCGACUCGGUGACUCCAAGCCCCCCACCGCCACCGUCCUGCGGACAAACACCGCACAGACAAAGCUCUGGCUCUUCCCCCGCCAGCACCCGCAAGGAUCCGGUGGUCUACCCGUGGAUGAAAAAGGUCCACGUCAACAUCGUGAAUCCAAAUUACACCGGAGGAGAGCCCAAGCGCUCGAGGACGGCGUACACGCGUCAGCAGGUUCUGGAGCUCGAGAAGGAGUUCCACUACAACCGGUACCUGACGCGCAGGCGCAGGGUGGAGAUCGCGCACACCCUCUGUCUCUCGGAACGGCAGAUUAAAAUCUGGUUUCAGAACCGGAGAAUGAAGUGGAAAAAGGACCACAAGUUGCCUAACACAAAGAUCCGAUCAGGGAGUAGCUCAUCAAACAGCCACAGCAAUACAAACUCGCUGGCGUUAGCGAGCUCCCAGAACCGAUCGAGUGGACCACUAUAGCUGAAAUGAUCGCAGUUGUCCUCACUUACAUUUCUUCAGUUCAACCUGAGUGGAACUAUCCUCAUUGCAUAUUAUACAACUCAUGACGCACUUUUGAAGAACAAUAGGCCAACUGGAGGGCCUCCUUGGAUGCGUUUUUGGUAUUAUAGGGUUAAUGACCUUUAGGCUAUGAAGGAUCUGGGGCUUGGAUAUUGAUAGUGAAGAGAAAGCCUUGUCCAAUUAGUAAAACAGAAAUAACAAAGGGGGAUGAAGCAACGCAAAUUCAAAAAUUCAAACGCACUAUUUGUGUGCGUUACGUUUUAUUCGACCAUCUCUCUCUCUCUCUCUCUCUCUCUCUCUCUCUCUCUCUCUCUCUCUCUCUCUCUCUCUCUCUCUCUCUCUCUCUGUCUCUGUCUCUGUCUCUGUCUCUGUCUCUCUCCUCUCUCUCUCUCUCUCAUGCCAAUCGCUCGCUGUUGCAUGAUCCACUCCGUAUUGUCCCAUAAUGUCAGUCUGCUUAUUCUUCUGUAUCCCUUCACUUUCUUGACUGCAAAAGUGACUUACCAGGACACAAUGCAGCAAGCAGACGAUAGUCUUUUUUUUUUUUUUUGGUGAAGAUGGAUCCUCGUUUUCAUCUUUAAUCAUGCCAAACUCGGGCCCCAUUUGUCAUGUUUACUCUGUGGGUACAAAGCAAAGGGUUGAACCGCGGCUCUACCUAUUACCUCCCUCCCACCCCUCCUCAUCCCAUCCAUUCCUCUGUUUUAUAAAUGAAACCUCUAGUCUCUCGUCAAGAAACGUUUUCAUACGCUGCUUUUAACGCUCCCUCUCAAAGCACCCCUCCGUCCGGCACCAUGAUAACCAAAAUAUAACAAAACGAAUUCACUUCCUAUACUUCCUUUAUUCAAAAAUGAAUUGCCCUUUAUACUUUUUAUACAUAAAAUAAUAUUUUCAUUAUAUUUCCUUUAAAAAGUGAAGCAAUGCAACGUGUAUCCCUUCCUGUAUCGAUGGGAAGGAUACAUUCUAUGAGACAACGCGCUUACGUACAGUCCUUUCAUUGCUCAAAUGUGAUCGUUAUAAUUUACAGUGUUAUUUAUGUGCGAGAGCCUGGUUAAAUAGACGGGUGGUUAAAGAGAUUGUAAAAUAGUUUGUCAGACAAACUGUUGGACAGCAGACAGACAGGGUAAACAACGCUAAAUACAUUAUGAAACAUAGGCUACAGGGUUGCAAAGGAUUACGCUGAGAUAAAUCAAUUAUAUCCGAACCAAAAUAUUGGUACGAAUAACCUUAAAGCAUUAUAAAAGCAGCACUAUAAAAUGUACUACAUAUUACCUCAGCUGUACUUAUAUUUUGCCUUUUUUUAUGAAGUGACGAAUAUUGAGCUUUGUUUUCUAUUUAGUGGUGAGUUAUAGACGUGUUUUCAUUAUUGUAAAGUAAUUUAAUAAUAAACAAUUGUUCUGGUCAGGGACAGUCUGAGAGUCAAAGAAAUGCGUAUGUUGCAUGAUUGAAUGAUGUUGAUUUAUCUCUAUCUCUUUUCUUAUUUUUCCCCUUCAACAUCUGAUUAAACCAUCAUCUGCGCGGCACAUGAUGCGCAAAUUGUCUUUAUUUUCUUACUUUUCUACUUUUAUUUUGUACUAUUCUUCUUUCAAUCUGUUGCAUCGAAGGCCUUCAUUUUUAUAUUUUAAUAGUUCUUUAUUUACAUUCCAAAGAUCAGUUAUAUUGCUGAUGAUUAUGGCAGUGUUCUUGAAAAUGUAUUCUCUUUUCACGCAUCCUCUUACUUUUCAACUUAUAUUUGUUCGUUACCACCUUUUCUGAUUAUCCUCCCCAUGUCCUAUUAUUUGUAAAUAGUUCAUAAAAAAAUUAAUAAAUGGCUCCAAACCGGAAUCUAUAGCCUACUCUUCUGUCUUUGCCGCUUCCUUGCACUCUCUGCCAGCAGUUACAUUUUAAUCAU